GUGUUCGCUGCUCGAAGUCCCGGAUGAUGCUCGCACCGGAAGAGAAGGGGCAGCUUUUCCAGCCAUCUUGUGGCAGCAUCCAGCGAACCGGUCGCAUCAAGCCUCGUAGAAUCGGAGGUGAAUCCCGUUGAAGGGGCGCCAUCAUGCCCGGACACUUGCAAGAAGGCUUCGGCUGCGUCGUAACUAACAGGUUCGACCAGUUAUUUGACGACGAGUCCGACCCGUUCGAGGUCCUGAAAGCUGCCGAAAACAAGAAGAAGGAGGGGGCCGCCGCUGGUUCCACCAAGACCGCGGCUCAAGCCGCCAAGCAGCCGAAGAAGGAGUCACAGAAGGACAGGAAAAACCCACUGCUGGACAAAAAGGACGAGUCGCAAGCACCAGUUCCCCUAAAGAAAGAAGGAAUCAGACGAGUGGGCAGAAGACCAGACCAACAGGGCCAGCCUGGAUCCCAGCAUCAAGGUGGCCAGGGAGAGGGCCGACCCGGGGACAAAAGGCCAGACCGGAGACCUCCACGUGAGCGCCGCUUUGAGAAACCUGCUGAGGACAAGCCUGAGGCAGGAGGAGAGUUCCCUGCAGACAAGCCUUCCAGCGACAGGCCACCCAGAGGGCGUGGGGGUGGCCGGGGCGGCCGUGGUGGAAGAGGACGGGGCAUGGGCCGGGGAGAGGGUUUUGAUUCACGCGGAAAACGAGACUUCGACAGGCACAGCGCCAACGACAAAUCCAGCAAUCCAAAAAGUGAGGAGAAGCGUGGAGGAGGCGGCUCACACAACUGGGGCAACGUGAAAGAUGAAGUAAAUGAGGCCGAACAGACCGCAGCUCCUGAGACGACUCCAGAGGGGGAAGAGAACACGCCUGCUGGCUCCGAGAACAAAGAAAAUGAAGUUGAAGAAGUGAAACCCGAAGGUCCCAAAGAGAUGACGCUGGACGAGUGGAAGGCCAUGCAGGACAAGGAGCGCACCAAGGUGGAGUUCAACAUCCGUAAGCCCAACGAGGGAACUGACAGCCAGUGGAAGAAGGGAUACGUGCUGCACAAGUCCAAGAGUGAAGACCGGCCUGUCGGAGCUUUGAUCGAUUCUUCAGAGAUGGAGGCGGAGUCUCACGCUCUUUUCAACAAGCAGGGCACCCCCGACGAGUCCGGUGACCACCACUUCCGCAAGCCGGCCAACGACAUCACAUCCCAGCUGGAGAUCAACUUUGGAGACCUGGGCCGUCCCGGUCGCGGGCGUGGGGGCGCUCGUGGGGGCAGGGGAGGCCGCGGCGGGGGAGGCAGCAGGACGGCACGCGGGGGAGGACGCUCCGAAAAGGCCAGCGGAGCAUCAGUCCCCAACGUGGACGAUCCUGAGGCCUUCCCAGCCCUGUCCUAAACUGCGCCAUCUUUCACCACCAGCCCGCCCAUCUGCCCUUCCGGGCCCCUCCUCUACGAGGCUUGCAUGCUUACCACAUCUUUAAGUAUAUGAGAAAACAAAAGAGAGAGAAAAAAAUUAACAACAACAAAAAAAGAGACUCAUCCCAUUCUACUCACAACACCAGAGGACUAAAAAUUUUAUCAGUUUUAAAGAAAAAGAGGAGCUAAAGGUGGAAAAGGACCUCUUGUUACACUGAAGUUUUAUAUUUAGGAACAUGAAAGCAGGGAUUUUUUUUCUUUUUUCUGGAGAUUACGCAGACUUCAUUCAUAUUUUUUUUUGUGCUGCUUGACUUGAUGCGUUUCUGCAGUUAGAUUGAAGUGUGUGCAUACGUUUCCCUCCAAAA